AUGGGUAACACAAGUUCUUGCAUCCCUACUGCUUCUCAGAUUUUCAAUAACAAAGUAAUAAUAAAGGCUAAGAAGAAAACCGCAACCCUUUUAGACACUUGCGGUAACGUCCGUGAGAUCAAGCUACCUAUGAAAUCGGCUGAGCUCAUGAUUGAACUUAUCGGACACGUCAUCACUCCGGCAGAGGUGCUUCUUAAAACGCGACGGAUCACGGCCUUGCGUGCCGAUGAGGAGCUUGUAGCCGGGAUGGUUUACCUGCUGGUGCCGGUGAGUAGGGUGAAUUCUAAGGCUUCUGAAUUUGAGAUUGAAAUUGCGGAGAGAGGGAGUGGGAAAAGGAAGGGAAGUAAAACGGCGAAAGUUUCACCGGUGUUGAAGGUGACGGAAAAUGACGGAGGCGUUUACUGUGUUCGUCAAAGAAGAUGGAAUCCGGUUCUGGAUCCAAUUUUUGAAUCCUCUUGA